UUGCCCCUCUCCUUGCUGAAGACGGCACAGAACCACCCUAUGCUGGUGGAGCUGAAGAAUGGAGAGACGUACAAUGGGCACCUGGUGAGCUGUGACAACUGGAUGAACAUCAACCUGCGGGAGGUCAUCUGCACGUCCCGGGAUGGAGACAAGUUCUGGAGGAUGCCAGAGUGCUACAUUCGUGGCAGCACGAUUAAAUACCUGCGUAUCCCCGAUGAAAUUAUUGACAUGGUGAAAGAAGAGGUGGUGUCCAAGGGCAGAGGCCGUGGUGGGAUGCAGCAGCAGAAGCAACAGAAGGGCCGUGGUGUUGGAGGUGCUGGACGAGGUGUGUUUGGUGGCCGUGGCCGAGGAAUUCCGGGCAGCGGAAGAGGCCAGCAGGAGAAGAAGCCGGGCAGGCAAUCGGCGAAGCAAUGAGAGGCUCCUGUGCCCC